AUGGCUCUGCAACACAUCAUCGUGCCACUCUACAUCUAUCCGGAAGAACGAGCGUGGGCGCCCCUGGCCGCGGCAGCGAGAAGACACGCCAACAUCAACUUUCUCGUCAUCAUCAAUCCAAACAAUGGCCCGGGCGAGGGACCGCUGCCUGACGGGAGCUACACGGCUAGCCUGCAUCAAUUGCAGAGCAUCCCAAACAUUCAGCUCCUAGGCUACGUGCACUGCACCUAUGGACGGCGGCCGCUCGAGGACGUAUGCAGGGAUGUCGACCGCUACUACAGCUGGAACGCGCAGCUGCUGCGCGUGGACGGCAUUUUCAUCGAUGAAGUCCCCUCGGCUGCGGAGGCAGUGCCCUACAUGGCGCAUCUCGCUGGGCACGUCCGCUCCGUUUGGACGUGUCACUCGACGGUGGCGAGUGGCGUGUUGGUGUUCAAUCCCGGCGUGGUGGUGGACACGACCUUGGUCGAGCUAGCGGACUACGUGGUGGCCUUUGAGCAGGCGCACGAGCAGUGGAGGGUGCUCAGGGGGGAACAUGAAGCGCUCCCUCGCGAGAUCUGCCGUAAGGCUCUAGCCAUUGUCCACACCACCACCAGCGAGGACGGUAGCCUAGAAGAGGUGCUGCAGGAUGCCAAGGGCGCAGGGUUUGCGGGGGUCUACAUCACCGAUCAGCACGGGGGGGGCUUCACGAGGUGGCCAGCGCAGUGGGACAAGUUUGUACAAUUGCUGAGCUACGAUCAGACAGCUCGGGAGGAGACAUGA